ACGCAAUAUGUUCUAGUCGGGGCGGGAUUAGCUCUUGGUGAGGGUUGUGUGUGAAAAGUGAGUAGCAGGAGCGGAGCGGGUAGUACGGGUAGCUUUCCCUAACCUCGCCAAGAUGACCAAGCUGGGCUUCCUGCGUUUGUCCUAUGAGAAACAGGACACGCUGCUGAAGCUACUGAUCCUGUCUAUGGCCGCUGUCCUCUCAUUCUCCACCAGGCUCUUCUCCGUGUUGAGGUUUGAAAGUGUCAUCCAUGAGUUUGACCCGUACUUCAACUACCGUACCACCCGCUUCUUGGCAGAAGAAGGUUUUUAUAAGUUUCACAACUGGUUUGAUGACAGGGCUUGGUAUCCUCUGGGGAGGAUCAUUGGUGGCACCAUUUAUCCGGGACUGAUGAUCACGUCUGCUGUCCUGUACCAUGUCCUACAUUUUUUCCACAUCACAAUUGACAUCCGUAAUGUCUGCGUCUUCCUGGCUCCCCUGUUCUCCUCAUUCACCGCCAUAGUCACGUACCACUUAACCAAGGAGCUGAAGGAUGCAGGUGCUGGGCUCCUGGCAGCUGCCAUGAUCGCAGUGGUGCCUGGUUACAUCUCUCGUUCUGUUGCUGGCUCCUACGAUAAUGAAGGUAUUGCCAUCUUCUGCAUGCUGUUGACCUACUACAUGUGGAUCAAGGCUGUGAAAACCGGCUCGGUGUAUUGGUCGUCCAUGUGUGCGCUGGCUUACUUCUACAUGGUUUCCUCCUGGGGUGGCUACGUGUUCCUCAUCAACCUUAUUCCCCUCCACGUCCUGGUUCUGAUGCUCACAGGCCGAUUCUCACACCGCAUAUAUGUGGCUUACUGCACAGUCUACUGCCUGGGCACCAUCCUCUCCAUGCAAAUCUCUUUUGUUGGUUUCCAGCCGGUGCAGUCAUCAGAGCACAUGGCAGCCUUUGGCGUGUUUGGUCUGUGCCAGAUCCAUGCUUUUGUGGACUACCUGCGCAGCAAACUCAAUGCUCAGCAAUUUGAGGUGCUGUUCAAGAGCGUCAUCUCUCUGGUGGGCUUUAUCCUGUUGUCUGCAGGUGCUGUUCUCAUGCUGACAGGUAAAAUCUCUCCGUGGACCGGGCGUUUCUACUCCUUGCUGGACCCUUCCUAUGCCAAGAACAAUAUCCCCAUCAUCGCCUCUGUGUCCGAGCACCAGCCUACCACCUGGUCCUCAUACUACUUUGAUCUGCAGCUCCUGGUCUUCAUGUUCCCAGGCAACUACCAGGUUGCCAGUGGGAUGAUUCUGGUAAUGGCUUUCUUCCUCAUCACGUACACGUUCCACUCUACCUGGGUGACCAGCGAAGCCUACUCCUCUCCAUCGAUUGUCCUGUCAGCCCGUGGAGGCGACGGCAGCCGCAUCAUCUUUGAUGACUUCAGAGAGGCCUACUACUGGCUCCGCCACAACACACCCGAGGAUGCCAAAGUCAUGUCAUGGUGGGAUUACGGAUAUCAGAUAACUGCCAUGGCUAAUCGAACCAUUCUAGUGGACAACAACACAUGGAACAAUACUCACAUCUCCAGAGUUGGACAGGCCAUGGCAUCGACAGAGGAAAGGGCCUACGAGAUCAUGAGAGAGCUCGACGUCAGUUAUGUUCUGGUCAUCUUUGGAGGGCUGACGGGCUACUCUUCAGAUGACAUCAACAAGUUUCUGUGGAUGGUCCGUAUUGGAGGAAGUACAGACACAGGCAAGCAUAUCAAGGAGCACGACUACUACACUGCCACCGGAGAGUUCAGGGUGGACCGCGAGGGCUCGCCAGUCCUGCUUAACUGCCUCAUGUACAAGAUGUGUUACUACCGCUUUGGCCAGGUCUACACAGAGGCCAAGCGCCCACCUGGUUAUGACAGAGUGAGGAAUGCCGAGAUUGGGAACAAAGACUUUGAACUGGAUGUACUGGAGGAGGCCUACACAACAGAGCACUGGCUGGUUAGGAUAUACAAGGUGAAAGAUCUGGACAAUCGGGGUCUUUCAAGGACAUAAGGCGCACAGACAGCAGUGAAAACGGCCUUUAAGCGCACUGAACGCCUUC